UACCCUGAUCAAGAUCAAAACAUUUCUUCACGAAGUCAAACCGCACAAUCGCAUAAGUCUGAUGUGAUCGGGAUAGGAACCGCCCCUAGCAGUAUGGAUUUGGUGACUCAGCUCGUAGAAAGGCUCCAAACCUCGCAGGCGUCCUUCAACUUACUCCAUUUGGUGGUUCAGAACUGGAUCGUGUUUCAACGAGAUUCGUUCGACAUUUUUGAUGAUUAUGGGGAUCCAUUCACCACUCAGGUCUUCUUAAUCGAGAUUUACUCUGGUAGAUAUAUUCAUAGAGCACAGGGAAGUAAAGUCGAUUUUGGGGCCUCUUUAGACGUAAAUGUUCUGUUCACUAAAUUAACCGAGGCCUUCGUGGACUUUAAAGUGUGUCAAGGCUUUAUGGUGAAUGCCGAUGUUGGAAAACCGACCAAUCGUCGUCUUCAAGAGUUUCCGUACGAACGGAUCACAGCUAAGAAGUGCCAAUAUUUGUAUAAGCCUGCUCGUACCACACCCUUUAAAAUCGACGGGAGAAAACCAAGAUUCAGGUGGAUAUGUCCUGCAUGUCAAGAAUUGGGAGAAUUCGAUAAAGAGACCAGGAAUGAGAGUGAUCCGGAUUCUAUGAUUGUGAAUCCCACGAAAUCGGUGUUGGGCGAAGAUGCCGACUUUUUUUCAAUCCUAGAAGAAGAGUGUCCAGUAGCUCAAGAGGUCAAUUUUGGCGAAGAAAACCUUUCUCCGUGUGUUCCACCACCAAUACCAAAUUUACCAGAGCCAAAGAUAGAUGAAGAUGGCAGAAAAAUUAAGAAGAAACGGGCUAAGAAGGGCCAUUUAUGUAAUCAUUGUGGGACUACUUUUGCCAACAUGGUGGUGUAUCAAAGGCAUCAGCGGAAAAAGCGAAAUGUGGGAUGUAAGGAAUGUAACAAGGUAUUUUAUACCUUCAAAGAGCUAAUUGAACAUGUAUAUGUCUCUCAUUCUGAUGUUGUCGACAGAUACUUCAAGUAUGGACAAGAUAGGUCGGAAUUAGCGCCCCAGAAGGCGCCCAAGCAAUGCUCUUUGUGUGAUCUGGUUUGCAAUGGCAAUAUAUUACUUUUUCGUCACAGAGAGCUCUACCACGAACUUGGUGAUUACAAAUGCGUCACGUGUCAAGAACCGUGCUUGACUUACUAUGACCUUAUGCUUCACAACUAUAAGAAACACGACCAAGCUCUGGAGCAGCUUCAACCUCAAACCAAUGGAUUGGAAGCGAUCCCUUUGCCGGACGGAAAAGUCGAGUACAAGCGAGUGAAUUUUGCCUGUCAACAUUGUGAUGCCAUCUACACAGGUGACACUUCUUGGACCAAGCAUAUGAGAGAAAAGCAUUCUUGGGAUCUCUUUGAGUGCAAGGCCUGUGACGAGACAUGCCAUUAUGCGGCCGAUUUUUCGGCUCACAUGCUGACCUACCAUCCCGACAAACCAGAAAUCAAGUGUCCCACCCAAGGGUGCUCCCAUGUGUCAAACCUCAAAGAAGAUCCGGAACAUUUCAAUGAGCAUUUUAGGAACUGUCUGACCCAAAGGAGAACGGGUUACCACGCUGUGGACAAAUUCGCCGCUCAAUGUGACAAAUGUGGCAAGAAAUAUGCCACCAAAAGAUGCUUUGAUGCUCACCUCAAACAACAUCAAGGAUUUGAACUGUAUAAAUGUGCCCAUUGUGAUUACGGGACAAACCAUAAAGCUGUCUUGGUCGACCAUGAGAAGGUUCAUCUUCGGGAAAAAGGGCUGACGAAUGCUGACACCGAUCUGGUUCUGUACCAUCAGUGUGAAAAAUGUGACAAAAAGUUCUCGAAGAAGCACGUGCUUCUGGCUCACAUGAAACGAACCCACGAGGGUGUUCCGAUCUAUCGAGCAUGUAAAGAUUGUAAUGAGAAAUUCAUUUCACACUCAAGUCUUUACAAACAUAAGCGAAAAGUACAUGGAUUUAUCAGCUCGGGGGAAAGCACAAGGUGGAGAUGGGCAAAAAAGAUGAAACAAUAAAUGUGCCCUCUCUUCUGGUAUUA